CUCCAUUACACCGGCCGCUCCCUUCAUGUUCUCCCUUUAGUUUCACUUUGGGAGCUCGUGGUGUCGCAACUUCUUCUUCUCUUCUUCUAAAGAUGAAGGUAGAGCGUCUCUGAUAGCUGAUGUGGAUGUGAAUUCAGCAGCAGAUAACAAGGUUGUUGUGUUGGUGUGAAGGUGUGGACUCUGCUAUGAGUCAGUGUGAGGACAGAGAGGAGGGAGUCCCUCCCUCUAAAAGCACUCUGUGUGGGGAACAUGACAGCCAGACCAAAGGUCAGAGGAUCCAUCAGAGACCAGACUGUGCUGGACCUGGACCUGAACCUGAACCUGAACCUGAACCCAGCUGUGUGUCCAUGAAGAGUGACGGGUCUAAAGAUGUUCCUAUAGUCUGCAAAGAUGGACUCCCUUCUGGUAAUAAGAGGAGGAGGCUGGAACAACCUGAACCCAGCUGUGUGUCCAUGAAGAGUGACCGGUCUAUGAAUCCUCCUUUAUGGUUCAAAGAUGGACGCCACUCUGUUGAUCAGAGGAGGAAGCUGGAACAACCUGAACCCAGCUGUGUGUCCAUGAAGAGUGACUGGUCUAUGGGUCAUCCUUUAACCUUCAAAGAUGGACGCCACUCUGAUGAUCAGAGAGAGGACCAGGAGAGCUCACAGGUUCCCAGAGGUCAGUCUGCCCAGCAGCAUCAAACACACCUGGACUCCAUAUUUAUGCUGCUGGAGGAGAACAUCCUCACUUUUGUGAAGAACGAGCUGAAGAAGAUCCAGAAGGUUGUGAGUUCAGAUUACCCAGAAUGCUUAGAGAGUCAGAGGGAGGAUGAGGAGGUGUUGGACGGUGAGGAUGAAGAGCAGAGGAGGAGCAGCAGAGAGGCAUUUCUGAAGAUCACACUGCACCUCCUGAGGAGAAUGAAGCAGGAGGAGCUGGCUGACUGUCUGCAGAGCAGACUUCUUGCUGCAGUUUGUCAGCGUGAACUCAAAUCUAACCUGAAGAAGAAGUUCCAGUGUGUGUUUGAGGGGAUCGCUAAAGCAGGAAACCCAACCCUUCUGAACCAGAUCUACACAGAGCUCUACAUCACAGAGGGAGGGACUGCAGAGGUCAAUGAUGAACAUGAGGUCAGACAGAUUGAAACAGCAUCCAGGAAACCAGACAGACCAGAAACAACCAUCAGACAAGAAGACAUCUUUAAAGCCUCACCUGGAAGAGAGGAACCAAUCAGAACAGUGAUGACAAAGGGAGUGGCUGGCAUUGGGAAAACAGUCUUAACACAGAAGUUCACUCUGGACUGGGCUGAAGACAAAGCCAACCAGGACAUACAGUUCACAUUUCCAUUCACCUUCAGAGAGCUGAAUGUGCUGAAAGAGAAAAAGUACAGCUUGGUGGAACUUGUUCAUCACUUCUUCUCUGAAACCAAAGAAGCAGGAAUCUGCAGGUUUGAAGAGUUCCCGGUUGUGUUCAUCUUUGACGGUCUGGAUGAGUGUCGACUUCCUCUGGACUUCCACAACAAUGAGAUCCUGACUGAUGUUACAGAGUCCACCUCAGUGGAUGUGCUGCUGACAAACCUCAUCAGGGGGAAACUGCUUCCCUCUGCUCGCCUCUGGAUAACCACACGACCUGCAGCAGCCAAUCAGAUCCCUCCUGAGUGUGUUGGCAUGGUGACAGAGGUCAGAGGGUUCACUGACCCCCAGAAGGAGGAGUACUUCAGGAAGAGAUUCAGAGAUAAGGAGCAGGCCAGCAGGAUCAUCUCCCACAUCAAGACCUCACGAAGCCUCCACAUCAUGUGCCACAUCCCAGUCUUCUGCUGGAUCACUGCUACAGUUCUGGAGGAUGUGUUGAAGACCAGAGAGGGAGGAGAGCUGCCCAAGACCCUGACUGAGAUGUACAUCCACUUCCUGGUGGUUCAGUCCAAACUGAAGAACGUCAAGUAUGAUGGAGGAGCUGAGACGGAUCCACACUGGAGUCCAGAGAGCAGGAAGAUGACUGAGUCUCUGGGAAAACUGGCUUUUGAUCAGCUGCAGAAAGGAAACCUGAUCUUCUAUGAAUCCGACCUGACAGAGUGUGGCAUCGAUAUCAGAGCAGCCUCAGUGUACUCAGGAGUGUUCACACAGAUCUUUAGAGAGGAGAGAGGACUGUACCAGGACAAGGUGUUCUGCUUCAUCCAUCUGAGUGUUCAGGAGUUUCUGGCUGCUCUUCAUGUCCAUCUGACCUUCAUCAACUCUGGUGUCAAUCUGCUGUCAGAAGAACAAACAACCUCCCGGGGGUCUAAAGUCUUCAGAGACAAACCUAAACUAACACAUCUCUACCAGAGUGCUGUGGACAAGGCCUUACAGAGUCCAAAUGGACACCUGGACUUGUUCCUCCGCUUCCUCCUGGGUCUUUCACUGCAGACCAAUCAGACUCUCCUACGAGGUCUGCUGACACAGACAGGAAGUAGCUCACAGACCAAUCAGGAAACAGUCCAGUACAUCAAGAAGAAGAUCGACGAGGAUCUCUCUGCAGAGAAAAGCAUCAAUCUGUUCCACUGUCUGAAUGAACUGAAUGAUGGUUCUCUAGUGGAGGAGAUCCAACAGUCCCUGAGUUCAGGACGUCUCUCCACAGAUAAACUGUCUCCUGCUCAGUGGUCAGCUCUGGUCUUCAUCUUACUGUCAUCAGAAAAAGAUCUGGACGUGUUUGACCUGAAGAAAUACUCUGCUUCAGAGGAGGCUCUUCUGAGGCUGCUGCCAGUGGUCAAAGCCUCCAACAAAGCUCUACUGAGUGACUGUAACCUCUCAGAGAGAAGCUGUGAAGCUCUGUCCUCAGUCCUCAGCUCCCAGUCCUCUAGUCUGAGAGAGCUGGACCUGAGUAACAACGACCUGCAGGAUUCAGGAGUGAAGCUGCUGUCUGCUGGACUGGAGAGUCCACACUGUAAACUGGAAACUCUCAGGCUGUCAGGCUGUCUGAUCACAGAGGAAGGCUGUGCUUCUCUGGACUCAGCUCUGAGCUCCAACCCCUCCCAUCUGAGAGAGCUGGACCUGAGCUACAAUCAUCCAGGAGACUCAGGAGUGAAGCUGCUGUCUGCUGGACUGGAGGAUCCACACUGGAGACUGGAAACUCUCAGGGUGGAGCCUGCUGGAGUCCGAUGGUUCAGACCAGGUCUGAGGAAGUAUUCCUGUGAACUCACACUCGACACAAACACAGUGAACAGAAACCUCAAACUGUCUGACAACAACAGGAAGGUGACAUGUGUGGAGGAGGAUCAGUCAUAUCCUGAUCAUCCAGACAGAUUUGACCACUGGCCUCAGCUGCUGUGUAGAACUGGUCUGACUGGUCGCUGUUACUGGGAGGUCGAGUGGAGAGGAAGAGUUCAUAUAUCAGUGAGUUACAGAGGAAUCAGAAGGAGAGGAGACAGUGGAGACUGUUUGUUUGGAAGGAAUGAUCAGUCCUGGAGUCUGUUCUGCUCUGAUGAUGAUGGUUACUAUGUCUGUCACAAUAAGACAAGAACACCCAUCUCCUCCUCCUCCUCCUCCUCCUCCUCCUCCUCUGGUAGAGUAGCAGUGUAUGUGGACUGUCCUGCUGGCUCUCUGUCCUUCUACAGAGUCUCCUCUGACACACUGAUCCACCUCCACACCUUCAACACCACAUUCACUGAACCUCUUUAUCCUGGGUUUGGGUCCUGGUCUGGUUCCUCAGUGUCUCUGUGUUCUCUGGAGGAGGGAGAGUCUCCUCCUGGUAGAGAAACUUUCUCUCUGCUGACCAGAUAGUUCAGUCUGUACAGGAUCACACACAGCUGAUGUUAGUUAGUACCAACCUGAUCUCUCAGUGGUUGUAAAUGCAGUCUGAGCAGGUGAGGGGUACCUGAGCUGGUCUGGACUCUGGGGGGUUGAGAGCUCUCUGGGACUUGUGGUGUUGCAGAUGGAUGGCUGAAAGAGCUGAGCGAGGUCCAUGUAAUUACCUGAAAUGAUCAGUUGUCUGAGAGAAGGUGUGAAACAUGUUUUACUUUGUGUAUAAAACUGAACUUUGUUGUCUUGAAACAUUUGUUUGUGUGAAGAAAAACCUACGAAUGUCAAACAAGAGUCUUUCUGGAUCAAAUUCAUCAUCUGUGGGAAAAUAAUCACAACGUGUAAAGAGUUGUUUUGAUUAGAACAAACUAAAUUCAUCAUCUUGUGUCAUUGUGUAACAAAUGAACAAACUUUGAUAAGUGAUGUUGAAAUAAUAAUAAAUCAAAGUUUUGGGAUGAUUCUAGA